UUUCUUUUGUUCAUGCUUAGUCAAACACAUCGAGUACCACCAAACCACUCUCCUUAGUGUUGGAGUGAAUGAAGGGUUGGUCCACAACGUGCUCCUUUUGACUUUUCUUUUUUCUUCUUCCCUCUCAUCACUUUGGUUCAAAUUAAUGUGUCGUCCUUGUAUUCCAUACCACUCAUGAGUUGAAACAAACAACAUCAAGAAUCUCAACUGAAAAGGGAUACAACAAAGAUAUAUAAGAAUCGGCCAAAACUUUUUCCAUUGAUUUUCAUUCAUGGGGAAAUUUGCAACUUCUGUGCCGGCGGUGGUACCUCCGCCGCCGGCUCCGGUAUAUCGGGUGUCCUCUAAUUAUGAUGAGGUUUUCAUGCAGCAGAGCUUGCUUUUUGAUGAUAGUUUACAGGAUUUGAAGAAUCUGAGAACACAAUUAUACUCAGCAGCUGAAUAUUUUGAGCUCUCAUACAACAAUGAUGAGCAGAAACAGAUAGUGAUAGAAACAUUGAAGGAUUAUGCCAUCAAAGCUCUUGUGAAUACGGUGGACCAUUUAGGAUCUGUGACAUUUAAGGUCAAUGAUUUGUUGGAUGACAAGGUUUCUCAACUUUCUCAAGCAAAUCUUCGUCUUUCUUGCAUUCAACAGAGAAUAAGGACGUGUGAAGCAUUUAUGGAUCACGAGGGACGAACCCAACAAUCAUUGGUGAUUAGUGCUCCAAAAUAUCAUAAGCGUUAUAUUUUGCCAGUUGGGGAGAGCAUGAAUGGUGCCAGCUUGAGAAGAAUGAAAUAUUUAGGAUGCAGCCUUGAUGAUGAAGAUGAUUGGCAUCACUUCAGGAAUGCUGUUCGAGCUACAAUAAGAGAAACGCCUUCAUCCACAGUCAGCAAUAAAGGGCGUUCCCCUUCACCUUUACAACUUGAGAGACCCGGAGCUUUUGCAUUCACUUCAAGUUCAACCUUGCCUAAAAAAGAUUUAGAGAAGAACUCGGUUUCACCACACAGAUUUCCACUGUUACGUACUGGAUCUUUCUCAAGUAGACCUACAACACCAAACAAGACAAGCAGACCAACCACUCCAAAUCAAAGGAGCACAGCAACCACACCAAGUCCCUCUAGUAAUGCAAAAUUAAGGAAUCCUUCGGAACCUAGGAAAUCAGCUUCAAUGCGGUUCGCAGGAGAAAGAGAGGAAAACCGAGAAAUGGAACCUUCUAGUAAAAGCAAACGCCUCUUGAAGGCAUUACUUAGUAGGCGCAAAUCUAAGAAGGACGAAAUGCUAUAUACUUAUUUGGAUGAGUAUUGAUCUUAGUUUUACAUCAGAGUUUAUCAACAUUGAUUUGUGGAGUGUGUAUUUCAAAUUGGCAUCUCAUCAGUUUUGUAUUAGAUAAAAUAGUUUUUUUAAUUAAAAAAUAUGGUUGUUGAUGUUGUCA